AUGCCUCACAAACUCUUAGGUGCCAGUGUUACCGCUCUCCUCAUCCUCCAGACCAUCUUUGUGGUCGCACCCUCGUUUAUUCUUUAUGGUUACAAUCUAUCGGGUCUCGGAGGACUUGUUGGCCUGUCCACAUGGGCUGAGACGUUCUCCGAAAUCGACACUGUCUUCACCAAGGGUACACUCAAGACCCAUAACACCACUAUCCAGGGAGUGGUUGUUGCCUGCUUUACCCUUGGCGCAAUCACUGGCUCCUUCACCUGCACCUUCUACGGCGACGUAUUUGGUCGCAAGAAGUUGAUCUUCAGUGGGGCUCUUCUUACGCUUAUCGGCACCAUCAUUCAAGCCAGUAGCUUCAGCCUGCCACAGCUCAUAGUUGGCCGCAUCAUACUCGGCAACGGGGUAGGGCAGCUCAGCGCUACUGUCCCGGUGUGGCAAAGUGAGUGCUCCAAGCCAGAGAGUCGAGGCAAGCAUGUCAUCAUGGACGGCGUAUUCAUGGCCGUGGGUUAUUUCCUCGAGUCCUGGAUCAAUCUGGGCUUCUAUUUCACCUCCGGAAACACCGAGUGGCGUGCUCCUAUUGCCAUCUCAGCCUUCUUCUCGAUCACAAUCCUCGUCUCAAUCUUCUCCUUUCCCGAGUCACCUCGAUGGCUCAUCCGAGUCCAUCGCGUUGAAGAGGCUCGCUCUGCUCUCAGUCUGUACAAGGGCGCUGAUGAGGAUUCUGACGCUGUGGCCGCUGAGUUGUCAGCAAUCGAGGCAGCUUGCGAAGAGUUCCAGAAAGCAAGCCUGAGAGAGAUGUUCACUAUGGGCGAGGAAAAGUUGGCAUAUCGGUUUGCUCUUUGCAUCAUGCUACAAUUCUUCCAGCAGAUGUGCGGUUCCAACCUUGUCUCUGUUUACUCGACAAUCAUCUAUCACGAGAACCUUGGGCUCUCGAAUAUCACGUCUCGCAUCCUCUCAGGAGCGAUGCUUACCUUCAAGCUGUUCUCUUGCUCCGUCGCCUUUUGGAGCAUCGACAGACUUGGUCGCAGAGCUUGCUUCAUGAUUAGCGGAGCAGGUAUGGGUGCUUGUAUGGCUGCUCUGGCUGUAGCCACGUCUUUUCCGGACAACUACGGUGCUUCGAUUGCCGCUGCUUGCUUCCUUUUCCUUUUCUGCUUCUUCACGCCGAUAGGCUUCUUGGGUGCCAAUUUCCUCUACUGCACUGAGGUCGCACCACUAAGACUUCGUUCUUCCAUGUCUUCUAUUUCCACAGCGAAUCACUGGAUCUGGAACUUUGUGGUCAACAUGGUGACUCCUAUUGCCAUUCGAACCAUCGGGUGGAAGUACUAUCUGGUGUAUGCAUGUAUCGGCGCCAUCAUCCCGGUCGUCGUUUACUUCUACUACCCGGAGACCAAAGGUCGCACGUUGGAAGAGCUGGACAUCAUGUUCAAGCAAAUUUCGUCAGUUCGAGACAUAGUCAAGUACUCGCAGAAGGAGCGUAUCGUCUACGGAGAGCAAGGAUUUGAUGGUGGCAAAUCGUCCAUCGAAAUGAGAGAGACGAUCGAGGAGCAUAACAAAGCUUAA